UUGAUGAAUUACAACAGUCUAAGUCAAAAACAAACAAGCAGAUCAAAUAUAUUUCAGACAAAUACGUUCCAGCCGGUAUCAUGCAGGGAAUUUCAACAAAUGUUAGAUUUACUAUCUAAAACCGAUAAUAUUAAUUUGUUAGCCAAAAUAUUUUCUACUUUAGGUAUAUGUUUACUAACAAAGAAUAUAGCAUACGAUCAAGCUAUAAAAUAUGGCGCACUCUACAAUAAACUGGCUCUAGUUUUAAGGAGUAAUUUACAAACUAAAUCUAUAGUUGCACUUAAUUUGAUAUCUUCUAUGUUGUAUCUUGAUAAUGAAAAGGGACUGACGCGAAAAAAGGCAUUGCAUGUGUAUGCCAAAAAUAUGAUAAGGUUAAGUGGUUGCCUCACAGCAAUGAGUGAAUUGUUUACAAGUUUUAUGAUGCACCAAGAUAAUUGGAAGGCACUCUGUCGAAGCAUCAGUGUAACGUGUAAUGGAAAUACUCCUAACCAGUCGCAUUGUUCUCACCUUGUACCCUUGUGCGUACAGAGAUGUCAACGAGGAAACCUGGAGCCCGUUUCAGUAUUACUAAGUCUUCUUUCAAAACAUCAAAGCAAUGUUAAAUUGUUUCACGAAUGCAAUGGAAUGUCAAUUUUUAAAGGAGAUUUUCUCCGAAAUGAAGAAUGUCUACAACUGUUGAACUUAGUUCUGGAAAGCGCUAAGCCUCAUUAUCGUGAAGAAGUUUUAGAAGCAUCAGAGUUAUUUCGUGAACUCCGUUUCAAUUUAAACAAAUAUGGACUUAACUCUCCGAUAGGACAAUGGGUUUCCGUCAUUCUAUUUUCACACAGCAAAGUUGUAGAAACUAACAUAAAUGUGGAUACGGAAGAGGGAAAUCAUAAAUUGGGCGAAAAUUCUAUUAAUGAAACUAAAAAUACUGUUAAUGAAACAAAUGAAUUACUUUGCAAUGUUUUAAAGGAAGCCAUUGGUUGGCAAAAUCAGUUCGGCAGUAAUAGGUUUACAAACGUGUUUAAUCAAAAUUACGAAGUUGAAAAUAUUAACAGGCAAUCCUCGUCUUCAGAGCACAAAAUUAAAGUAAAUGAUAAAUUACCACACAAUGCAGAAUAUCAAAGAAGUGACCUUUUUAGAUUCCCAGCUGCUAAUUAUAGCAAAAACGAUUUGUCUUUGUCUUUUUUAUUGAAGCACAACCCUAAAGAGCCGAGAUUAAGAAAGCCAAAAUAUAUGCUAAGGUCUGACCAAUUUCCAAUCGACGAUGAAACUUUCCUGCAUCAAUCUUCCCUGCUCAAGAGCUAUGAAACGUCGUCAAGAAAUAACAUUGACGAUACAAUACUAAAUUUUAACCCUCCUUUUGUUUCGACACCAAAACGAAAUAAAUACUCAAAUGUAAAAUCUUUGUCCAAAAUAAGCCUUGAAACAAAUUCUAUAUACCCAACAUCAAGAGACCAUUCUACCUUUAAAAAAACAAUUCAUCACAAGAGAAAAUUAGUCAACACCACACAGACUCAUAAAAGACUGCGCAAUAGAUCUAUGAGUGCCAAAUUUUUGGAUAUCCUAAACGGAUCCUGCACAACAAUUAUUAAAGGAUUUAAGAGCAUAUUCGCGUCUAAGAAAUCGUCUAUGAAUAUCGAUGAUAGAUCAAAAGAAGUCACAAUAAAUGCGGCAACAGACAAUUUCUGUGCUUACAAUUUUACAAAGAAUGUGGAUCAAAAUGUGACUUUGGUUCAAAAAAAGGAAGACGAGUUGACGAAUAUUACAAAGGAAUUUAGCAUGCAAUAUAGUAAUUUUAGUUCUUGUAAUACAUGCAACGAUACUUUUGUUUUGAAACACAAAUUUGCUAACGAUGCCUUCCUGCAGCAGACAGUUAAACGUUUGAAAAUGGGCAUUAACCUGUAUGGUUGUGACUUUAAGAAAAUAUCAAGAACUAUGUGGCCACGGGAAACAUACAUGACACCAAAUGUUCUUUAUACUUUGUACCGAAAACUUAUAAUCAAACAAUAA